AUGGGUCAGUCGGCGAGUAAGGAAAAGUUCCGCGAGUCCGUGACGGCUUUGAUUCAGGUGGACGUGAGUGCGGACGACGCCGACUUUUGGGAUGAACUGUGGAAGAUACCCAGUAGUGCGGAAGAAGUCUUCGAGCUGCUCCCGGCGCGUUCGGCUCGCAAGCUGCGGGACGAUCGCUUCGAGAAUCUGGCGACCCUCUUUACCCAGGCCGUCGCCCAAUUGUGUCAGAUCGUCGAGACGCCCUACAAUAUAUACUUCGAUCAGGCCCUGAACUGCGUCCGCGUGUUGACGCGCAUGCUACCGUUUUUACUAGAAAAAGGUACGCAAUCGAAUAUAUAUAUAGGGCUCGUGACUUCGGACGAACAAGAGCCAUUAGCCUUGCUGGUAGUACACGCUGCGAUGCACAUGCUCUUUCUGCCACAAUUCACCUGCGAUUACUACGAAGAUAGUAGCUCCACGGUGGCACAACGUCGUCGAGAACGCGUCGAAACCAAAGACGAUAAGGAACUCAAGGCGGAUGCUGGACUCAAGGUAAAAACGGUUGAUUGGGGAGUAACACUCUACGAUAAAAAUCGCAUCGAAGUCUUGCGUCUCGUGCUCACGGCAUGCUGCGACCCCCUCUUUUCUCCGGCCGACGAAUACAAUCCCCUCGCUUCUCGAUGGCUGGCCGUGGCCACGGCGGCCGACGCCCCGAACGCUUGCUGCUUAUUCUUUUCCCUACUCAACACUAUUCUGCACUACGACCCUCGGGGUUUACCAGUGGCGGCGGGCUUUUCGGAAAAUUCACACGUUAAAUUGGUGGAACUCAGUGCUCAGGUGCUUUGCGUGCUCCUCGAUUGUGGAAUACCGGGUAGUCCCGAACCCGUCAUGGACCAAAACGGCAAUCCGUGCGUCGAAUUCGAAGUCGCCAGCAGGGGUGGAUUCAAUAUUCUGCGGACCCUGUUGGCGCGUAUCGAUACCGGUAAGGAGCUAUCCAUGAUCUUUGACGGAUUCGCCCGGUUGCUGCGCAACGUGUACGAAGCCGAAUCCAACUACAUUGCGGGAGUCAAGCUCGAAUGUUUUCAGGAACUGCUAGUGCUGUUUUGGAAGUUUUUGGAAGAAAAUCCAUUGUUUAUGCCGCAUAUUCUGAAACGAUGCAACGUGAACGAGAUUAUUGUGCCGAUUUGUUUUCUCAUGUACAAAUCUCGAAGAGAUCCGGCGCAGAUCGGACUCGUCCAUAUCUGUACCUUUGUGCUGCUGAAACUGUCUGGUGAACGUUCGUUCGGAGUAGCUCUGAAUCAAAAGUUUACCAAAAAAUUGCCGACCGAUUUGCCGCUUUUUCGAGGCUGUCACGCGGAUUUGCUAACGAUCACGUUGCACAAGUUGGUCGUGAACGGCGCCUACAAAUUGGUACCGCUAUACUCGUGCUUUUUGACCAUUAUCACCAACAUUUCGCCGUACUGGAAAUCGAUGAGUUUAGUGGCGGCGGUCAAGUUGGUCAAUCUGUUUGAAUUAUUCGCGUCGCCCAAAUUUCUGUAUUCCGGCGAGUUUGCCCACCGACACUUGGCGCUAUUACUCGAAGUGUUCAACAACAUUAUUCAGUACCAGUACCACGGCAAUUCGCAUUUGGUGUACGCCAUCGUCCGUCGCAAGGACGCCUUUGGCCAGAUUGCGGCACUCACGUUGGAAAAUGCCCAGGCUCAGUGUCACAAGGUAUACGGCGAGCAGACAGCCGUGAAACGCGACAUUGAUGCCCACUUGAACGUCGAUAAUAAGGGCAUACCGAACAUGGUUGGAGACGACAAUGCAUCUGCGUCCUCCAGUGUGAACGGCGUGCCGUUCCUUCCAACCGCAGAUUGGUUGGAGGAUUUCAAAGAUUCCAUGCCCAUUGAAACCGUGACACGUUUGUUGCAGCACUUGGUGCCCGUGGUGGAUGAAAUUGUGGCCCAAAAAUCCGGGAACGUGGACGAACAAGAAAUUCUGAACGUGCUGGACGAGAUGACAAUGGUCGGUUUGUUGCCCGUCCCGCAUCCCAUUGUGAUUCGUAAGUAUCAGCCGAAUCAGUACACAGCAUUGUGGUUUACCGCAUUCAUGUGGGGCGUCGUGUUCUUACGCAACCAAAGCUUACCUUUGUUUGACGGAGAGUGCAUUGAGCUGUUCCAAGUGUCGGUCCAAGACGACGAUGACGAUUGAAUUGCCUACCUAGACCGGGGCCGCGUUCGAUGGGAGCUCUGCGGUGUGAUGGGCACAGCACAUAAACUAAAGUACUAGUGAUAAUGCAUACGAACAAUCGUUACGUUCCAAACUACCAGGCUCGGGUUUAUGACGGUAAAGAGUGAUGUGUAGUUAUACCAGAUUUG